AUGCAGAACAUCAGGGCUGUUAUCGAACAGUUCCAUGCCUCGAUCGAACCUGUUACGAAGAAAUACCAAGUCCUUGCCUCCCUUCUUCUCGCCUGUGAAAAGCAGCAGCAGUCAUUUGAUCAGAUCAUGCCUGAGCUAAACGGCCGUGGAUGUGACGAGGCAAGCUGGAUGGUCUCGCGCUUGUAUACCAAUACCGUCAGCCAACCGUUGGCAACGCGCCAGCGCUGGUGGAUGCCACACGACGAAUCCUCUCCCACUGGCAGCGAGUGGACUGACAUACAACGGCGGGCGCUGGAAACUCUGGUUGACUUCAUCCAGGACUGGAAGUCCAUGUAG